UAAAAGCGACGCGGCUAUACUUCACACGACUUAUUGAAAUCCUUUGAAAUAAAAAAAAGUUUUUUAGUUUUUUUGAAACAAAUCAAACCUUGUGAGUGUUCUAUUCUGGAUUUUUCCAUCAUGAUCGAUUGAUAUUGUGCGGCAUUGUAAUGUCCGCCAUCAAGCGACUCUCCACAGAAGAUGAUUAAAUGCAUAUGGAAGACGGCAUUCUUCUUUUUAGUAUGGUUGUGCAAUGAUGUAGUGUCGAAGCGAAAUCACACCCUGAAACCCAGAGUUGUUCUACCGGAAACAUACGUCAAAGAAAUGCGCCCCCCUUCACGCAAAGGACAACCAGUAAUUGUGGAAUUUAGUAUAUAUGUUGUGGAUGUAAAUUCUAUUAAUGUUGAAGAUAUGGAUUUUAGAGUGGAUAUGUUUAUAAGACAAACGUGGAUCGAGAGCCGUCUUCAGCUACCUGAUGACAUAUUCGAGGAAGGCGAUAAUCACGUCACACUACCUCCAGAGUUUUUUGAUAAUCUGUGGCAUCCAGAUCCUUAUUUUUUGAAUUCUAAAGUCACAGGAGGGGACUGUCACUUUUGCCAUCAAUCAGCUGAAAUAGCAGAACUCACCCACAAGUUUUCUUCGGUAACGUUAUACAGAAAUCAAACUGUUAGAUACGCUGCAAGGAUGCACGCAAUCAUCGCAUGUCAGAUGGAAUUUCAACUCUAUCCUAUGGACAUACAGUCGUGUCCUAUUUAUAUAGAAAGUUUUUCAUACAGUAAUCAGAAAGUGCGGUUCAAGUGGAGUGAAGCUGGGGUGACGAUAAAUCCAGAACUAAAGCUACUUCAGUAUAACAUCGGUGAGCCAUUAAGAUUAGAGGAGACUAAUGGAUUGAUGAUUGAUAAAGAGGGAAACUUCUCUCGCCUGGUGGUAUACUUUCGCUUUGAACGGCAAAUUGGUCAUCACCUCAUACAGACCUUCGCUCCUUCUUCACUAGUAGUGAUGCUGUCAUGGUUUAGCUUCUGGUUGGAUCUGGAUGCAGUUCCUGGAAGAGUAACUCUGCUUGUCACAUGUAUGCUGACCUUGGUCACAAUGUUUACAGGCCUAAGAGCUGAUAUACCUCCCGUUGCUUAUGUAAAGGCAUUAGAUUUGUGGAUGGCCGGUUGCAUGAUGUUUGUAUUUGCGGCCCUUAGCGAAUUCGUCGUUGUUAAAGUGUUAGAUAAGCAAUAUCAAAUGAACAAGUCGAGAGCACAGGAAGCCAUGCCACGAAUAAUACCAGUUCGUAUAAAUGGCGAGAAGGGAUCCUGUGGCACAGUUGCCGCCUGGGAGGGAAGUGGGGUCAGAUGUCGCAAGGUUGACCUCACCUCACCCGCAUCUCCCCCAGCCACAACCCCAGCGGUGCAUUCUAACCCAGCUGCCCCCACACACCUCGUCGGGGAGCGAAGGCAAAGUAUAUUGCAAGUUGCGUGGCUGGAUGCAGAUACAGGGCAAGAAAGAGUAUUAUGGCGGGAAAUAGACAAACUAUCAAGAAUUGUAUUUCCUGCUUUGUUUCUUCUCUUCGUUACCUUAUACUGGCCUGUUUUGCUGUUAAAAACGAAGAGUUCUUCACAUUAAUUGAUUCACGUCUUAUUUCAUUUAGAAAAAGGUGACAUAACUUGAAAAAUCUUAGCUAGAAGUUGUACCUAUAUAUCUCUCUCAAAUCCCGACAUUCCUUUGACGACGCGCGAUCCCAAGGUCGCCACAUCAACGCUACAGAUAUUAAGAAAACAUCGAACUUGCAUAAUAAAACGUCGGGAUUGGGAGCACGGUCACUAUUGGAAGUUACAGAGUAAGAUUUCUGGUCUAAAAAUCUCGAGAUAAGAGAAAGAUCUUAAUCCAUUCUUAAUUAUUAUUAUUGUGAACAAAAUAAGUAUAAGAAAAUAUUUUGUAACUUUUUCUUAAAAUUCUAAGAAACUCACUAAAACAUUGUAGAAAGAAAAUUUUGUAACUAAAGAUUGUGUACAAGGGAAAAUUCGCAACGAAAAUAAUAAUUAGCCUAUAAAAAUAUGAAAUGAUCAAAGAAUAUUUGAUAUUUACUUGUUAUGAGAAUAUUAUUAAUAAAUCGUUGAACACGUCUGUGCCGAGGGCACUUAAUAUAAUCUGUUAUAUUUUAUUUAUAUUUAGCUGUAAUUCAUGAGCUUAUAAUAUCGUAUAGCGAGCCAUCACAGCUUUAAUACAUUGUGAUAAUAUAUAAGAGUAAUUAUAAACGUAAGUCAUCUUUCAUAUACAGUCAAACCUGGGUAAGUGAGAACUGGAUAAGUGAGAAAACUCUAUAAGUGAGAGUAAUAGCCGGGACCCGUCAUUUUAAGCUCCCAAAACCUCUAUUAGCGAGAAACAGAAACCUCUGUAAGAGAGAGUAGUUUUUCCCUCAUGGACCUCCGUAAGUGAGACUGCCACUUAUCUACCUUUAUAAGAGACAAACGCUACCCAUGUACCGGCAUUAGCUGGAAACUCGGGUUAGUGAGAAACCUCUAUAAGCGAGAAUGAGAUUGUGCUCCCUUGAACUCUCGCUCAUCCAGCUUUGACUGUAUAUAGCGCACAUUCAGCAGCAUAAGCAGUGAAAUUAAUAAAUUGCUUGAGAGGUCA